AUGGACUUUUCUUGCGGAUUGUGCCAGGAGGUAUUUGGCGGGUUCCGCAAGGCCCAAAAACACAUUAGCACCAGCAACCACUAUCGAUUCAAGGCUGGGCCCAAUGACGUGGCGUGUGAGAAGUGUGGGAUGAUGAACAUUGCAGAUCUCGUCGUGCUACAAUUUGGAGGCAACAAGCUGGACCUAAUGUGUAGACGGUGCGCAGGCGGCGUCAAGGGCAUGCGUGAGUACGCUCUGGGCAAGACGGACAAUUUCAUGAAGGUUGUUGCAGAUUACUUUAUCGUCAAGAAGGCCGGUCCUGGCGAUGACGACGACUAUCUGGCCAAGGUCACGGGGGAUGAUCAGUAUCGUCUGCGAGACCGCAAGAAAGGCAAGGGCCGCUCCUUUGGAAAACCUUCCCGUCCGAGCACCAAGCGAGAGACGCCAAAGGGUCCAAAGGGUUCUCUCCAGCCUGAAAAAAGCGCACAGAACAGACAGAAUGAAGCACAGAAAGACGGCACAAAACCACAGGAAAAACCAUCCUCAAAGCCUGAAAAACCUGCCAAAGACAAGAAGGUCUCUGUUAAGGGACAAAAAGGUCCAAGAGGUCCCAAAGAGACAAACGGUAGGCACGUCAAGAACCAGCCACCAAAAGCAAGAGCCAAGGCCUCGGAGAGAGGAAAGACUGUCGGAGCGAAGCAGAAACAGUCUCCGGCGCCUUUGGUUCCUGCUCCAUCUCUUAAUUCCCAAAUUAUGCUUGUGGAGCAGCUCAUCAGGUCCUCAGCCACUGAAAUCCCCCUCAAGUAUGAGUCUCUGCCUGAAUAUUUCCACCACCUGUGCUACGGGCUUUUCCUUGAAGAGUUAUUCGAAACCCAGUUUUUAACAAGGGUGACAGUGUCGUGGUCUCGUGAAGACCCUUAUGGAGAGUUCACUGCUGAGGUUGACAAAAAAGAGGCCGAGGAGUAUUCGAAAAACGACCCGUUGUCUCACCUGAAAAACGGACCGUUCAGCAGAGGCCAGGCGUUUUUCCUGGUGCGCAAGUCGGCGGUCAAACUUGCGGAGAGGCCGGAGUUCUGGUGCUGUGCGGCGCAAUUCUCCAAGAUGUCACGCAAUUCCAAUAAAGUCACGAUUCCGAUGGACGUCUACAAGUGGAACCUCGAGCCUAUUCCGUCGGGAGCCCCGGUCUCGGGUUUUGCGCUGCUUCCCUGCGGAGCUGUGGUCACAAGAGUGAUGCAGGCGAUCGAGAGACUGGAGAACACCCACUUCAAAGACAUGUUGCUGGGCCAAAAGCCUAUCCGGCAGAUUUUCUUCAAAAACAGAAUCUCGAGCCUCAAAAACACCCUGAACGAGUCGCAGUCUGUUGCUUUACAGUCGGCUUUAAACAACCAAAUUACGAUUUUGAAGGGCCCUCCGGGGUCGGGGAAGACAUCGACGAUCUACGAGAUGAUCUUGCAAUUGCUGGACCAGCUGCAUUACCACCCAAUUCUCGUCGUUGCGGCUUCCAACAUUGCCGUGGACAACAUUGCCGAAAAAAUGAUGAAGGACCACAAAGACGACAUCAUCAGAGUGCUCUCGAUGGCAAAGGAAAGCGAGUAUAACAAAGACCACCCGCUUGCGGACAUAUGUCUGCAUCACAAAAUUAGGGAUCGUCUGCCGUCCCAUGCUCAGGAAACGUUACGUAAUCUGGCAACUGGCAAAGCGCACAAAGUGUCUAAGAACCAGUUCAAGAAGCUAAUCGAGACCAACAAAGACUUGAGCAGGCUGCUCAUUGGCCAGGCGAAGGUGAUAUUCUCGACCACGGUGGCCAUCGGAGGCCCGCAUUUGCGUGAUCUCGCGCAACUGCCGGUGGUCAUUAUUGACGAGGCCACGCAAUCGUCCGAGCCCAGCUCGCUAAUUCCGCUGGCCGCUCCAAAUGUCCAGAAGGUGGUUUUCGUUGGGGAUGAGGCUCAGCUGAGCUCAUACACCCGCGUGAAGUCGCUGGAGAUGUCUCUUUUCGAAAGAACGCUCAAAAAUGGCACGUAUCAAUCUCCGCUAAUGUUUGACACACAGUACAGAAUGCACCCAGAAAUUAGCGAGUUCCCGCGGAUGGAGUUUUACGAGGGCAAGCUGAAAGAUGGUAUCACGGCCGAGGACAGAAAAGUUGCCGGUAUCUCGUACCCGCUGUUUUUCUGGGACCAUGCUGGAGAGGCCAGAGAAAGCAGGGUCCGCUCGCUUAGAGUGGGAGAAGAGACAGGAUACACGUAUGUGAACCGCGGCGAGGUCGAGCGCGUCUCGAGAAUUGUGGAGACACUGAUCGUGGACAAGCAGAUUGCUCCGUCGCGGAUCGGUGUGAUCACGCCGUAUGCCGGCCAGAGAGACCUAAUUUCUGCCAGUUUCAAAGAAAACCUGCUCAUCAACCCGGAGAAACAGGAAGUCCAGGUCCAGGUCGACAAAGAGGACGUUGAGAGCGACUCCAAGGCCGCCACGGUGCACCAGGUGAACGGCAUUCUUGUUGCGUCGAUCGACGCGUUCCAAGGCCGAGAGAAAGAUUUUAUUGUCAUGUCGUGUGUGAGGUCCAACAGCGAGCGCAACAUCGGGUUCUUAAGAGAUCGCCGACGGCUUAAUGUGGCGCUGACCCGUGCGCGGUGCAGUCUGUUGUUUGUAGGCGACGCACACUGUUUGAAGGGUGAUCAGCUAUGGCAGUCUUACAUCGAAGGUCUGGAGCGGAAAAAUUACGUUCAGCGGAAAUUGGUGUACUGA